AUGCCCGCCGGAAUUUUCAACUCGACAUAUUACGGAAAGGACUACCGUGCCGGUGCAGCCCUCCUGCGUGCUCGUCGGCCGUACCUGGUUAAGAAUGCGGUGACCGGGCUGGCGCUUUGCGGAAUCACGGUUGGUGUUUACGUCUACACCCUCCGCGCCGUCGGCCAGGAAGACUUCUCCGAUGUCCAGGUCCCCGAUACCCCGGCCGAGCCGAAGAAGCAAUGA